UCCCGCCCUGUUUUCCCCAGUGCUAAAUGAGAGCCUAACCCUCAGUCAGUGUAAAGCAGGCUUGUUACUAUUACUACUUUUAAGUUAUUAUUUACAAAGAGGUGGGCCGCGCUGUGGGUGAUUGACUGACCCGUGAAACGUUAGCUGACACAGCUGUGACAUAGGCAUUCGUCCACAUGACGAUUAAAUGUGUUGAAUUGAACGUUGGAACACUCCACAUGACGAGAGUAUUACAACACAGAUAAAGCCUUCUUCACGUGGGCGUGAUCUAUAGCCUGUCCAAAGUUCACUUUAGGAUAUUGUGCAACUGUUCAGGGCAACCCAUGUGUUGUGCUUUAAAGAAACUUUUGGACACGACAGCACUGUUUUUGCACGAGGCCGAAUCAUGCAGAUCAACAUUUGGGGGAUCCUCAUUGCUUGCUUUGCAGUCACUCUUGACUUUUCCAGCUGUUUUGUCAACAAAUCCAGGCCAAGUAUACCAAGGAUUGCCAAAUACUUUGGCACAAAAGGGCGGUAUGAGGAAGUGAACCCCUAUCUUUUAGAAGACAUCUUGGCUGUCAACACAUCCAUCCUGCGGCCUCCGUUUCCAAAAUGUCGUCCCAUCCAUCUGACCGCCAUUAUAAGACACGGCACGAGAUACCCGACGGGCAGUAUCUUCAAGCAUAUGCAACAGAUGUACGAGGCGGUAAAAAGCGCCACGCCCGGCAAAGAGAGCUGGGUCUGUGAGAUCCAGAACCAAUGGAGGAUGUGGUAUCCUCAGAACACGGAUGGCCGGUUGGCCCGGAAAGGCGUGGAUGAUCACAAACAUCUGGCAGUCAGGCUGUCCAAGCUGUUCCCCUCGCUGCUUUCGGAGGAGAACCUUCGAGGAGGAUUCGUGAAGUUUAUAAGCAGCUCCAAACACAGAUGCAUCAACAGCACUCUGUCCUUCAUGGCAGGCCUUACCGAGCUGUGGGAUAUUCAAGAUCAGACAUUUGACUACGAGGUGAACGACGCACUCAUGAAGUAUUUUAUCCACUGCACCAAAUUUUUGGAGGACGUCGUCAGGAACCCCUCAGCCCUGUUGGAGAUCGACAAGUUCAAAGAAGGACCGGAGAUGAGGAGGGUCCGGGAGAAGAUAGGGUACCAACUCAGAGUCCCCUAUAAGAACAUCACAGCCGACAUGGCUGACGCUGUAAUGAACUUCUGUGCCUACGGCUUGGCCAUCAAGAACGUCAACUCUCCCUGGUGCGAGUGCUUGGACGAGGCUGAUGCUCAGGUAGUGGAGUAUACAAAUGACUUGAGGCAGUUCUGGAAGAGAGGCUAUGGUUAUGAUAUUAACAGAAAGUCAAGCUGUAUUCUUUUCCAUGAUGUCUUCAGUCGUUUGGACAAAGUAGUCAGCGAGAACAUGUCCGGCCAGCAGGUGACCGAAGCAGUGACGAUCCAAGUAGGCCACGGGGAGACCCUCCUCCCGCUGUACACCCUCCUGGGCUUCUUCAAGGACGACGAACCCCUGACCUCGUCAAACUACGCCACCCAAACCCAACGAUCUUUCCGCCCCAGCUUUGUGCUACCAUACACGGCUAACCUGCUACUAGCGCUGUACGACUGCGGGGAAGGAGACUUGAGGUUGCAGCCGCUCAUCAAUGAGAACCCAGUGACCUUCCCUGGUUUGCCUGAAGGUCAGGAGGCGUCCAUGCCGCUGUAUCGAGACGUCAGAGAACACUACAAGGAACUGAUCCGCGGAUGUGACUUUGAGACAGAGUGUGAACUGUUUACUAGGCCUAAUCAGUUUUCAAUCAAGGAUGCCUUGUAGAAGCUACGACCUCUUAAAUGAAAACUGAAAACCGUGGAGCUAAAACAAGAGCUGAACAACAGAAUUUUUUUACGUAAAAAAUGUAUCAAAACAAAUGACACAAAAGAAGGGUCAGGGUAAUACAAAAAAAUGAUCAAUAGGAAUAAAUAGGAAUAGGAAUCACAUUGUUUACAUCACAACUGCACGAACGUGUAUUACUCUACUAAUACAGUGGUACAUUGAGAUAAGAGUUUAACCCCUCAAAUCAUUUUUCCCCAUUGAAAUAAAUAGAAAUGGCAUUAAUCUGUUCCAGCACCCCCCAAAAAAAUCUAUCAUAGAUUUUAAUGAGGAAAAAUAGCAUGUCAUAAUAUUGUACUGUAUUUAAAAAAAACAUAAGAAAUACAAUAUAAAGAAUUAAACAGUUUGUGCAUCAUUGAUUUAAUGCUGCAAUCCAAUACAUGGUGCUGCUCCUUCUCGCGUGCCUGCAUUGGCCACCGGGAGGCAGUAUAAUACUACAGGCAUAAAGUCACAAACUAAAAAGAAUAGUACUUUUAACGGGACAAGCCGCAAGCAAAAGAGGAAGACAACUAAGUGAGAUGGUGUAAUAUUUUUUUUUCAUAGGGGAUAAGGAAUAUAUGUGGCUGUGAGUAUUGUUAUAUUCCCUGUCUACAUGUGUUGCUCUGCUGUUGUGUGACUUCGUAAAAUGCUAUAGUAUUAGUUGUUUUUCAUAGGGGAUAAGGAAUAUAUGCUUGUGAGUAUUGUUAUAUUCCCUGUCUACAUGUGUUGCUCUGCUGUUGUGUGACUUCGUAAAAUGCUAUAGUAUUAGUUGUUUUUCAUAGGGGAUAAGGAAUAUAUGCUUGUGAGUAUUGUUAUAUUCCCUGUCUAGAUGUAUUGCUCCACGGUUUGUGUUUUGCAUUGUUAGCAUUAAAACUAAGCGGACUAA